UUGUUGGUUUGCCUCAUUUCGCAUGUGAUUGAAUAACCCAUCAGUGCCAAGUGCAAACUGCAGUCGCACCGUUGCCGUUAUACGUACGUUCCGUUGUCAAUUUGAGGCGCUCGAAAAAUGUUUUCACUUUCUCGCCACGCACUGUGGGCACGAAAUUUCGCACUUAUUGCUAACAAGUACAGGUGCAACUUGAUUCAAUUGAAAACGGGAGCCAUCGCUGUCUCUGCACUUCCAUACGUGCGUGCCUUUGCGGAUUCACGUCAGGGCAACGGUGACAACAGCAACGACGGCAAGACGACAAAUUCCAGCGGACCCAAAGCCAACAUGGAGAAUAAAAGCGAAAAGAUUACCGUAAACAAGGAGGAACUGCGCAAACGUCUAACGCCGCUGCAGUAUCAGGUUACACAAGAGGCGGGCACCGAGCGCCCCUUCACAGGUUGUUACAACAAGCACUACGAGAAGGGCGUAUACCAAUGCAUUGUCUGUCAUCAGGAUCUGUUCAGUUCGGAUACCAAAUACGAUUCGGGCUGCGGCUGGCCAGCAUUCAACGAUGUGCUCGAUAAGGGCAAAGUCACACUGCAUCGCGAUGCCAGUAUACCAGUAGUCAUUUCAAAAACGUUAGGGAUGGUACGCACCGAGGUACGCUGCUCCAAGUGCUCGGCCCACAUGGGCCAUGUGUUCGAUGAUGGACCCCCACCGAAGCAUCGGCGCUUCUGCAUCAACUCGGCGUCGAUUGAUUUUUUGAAAAGAACAACAGCAGCGACGACGACAUCGUCCAAAAAAUAAUGUUUUCGUUUAUUCAUGUUGUUAACAAUGAGAUUCUAUACAGAAAGAUAAAUUAUAUGUUAAUUUAAAGUACAUAUAGUACAUGCAUAUAUAUAUAUAUAUAUAUACAUAUAUAUAAAAAAAAAUAUUAUAGAACCUUAUUUACAUAUGCAAAAAUACUCAUGAUAUAUUGUUGAUAUGUUUAUAGCGCCGAUUACACUCAGUGUGUGAGAUUUGUGUUGAGAACCCAAUAUAACGGAAAUUCCAUUUAUGUUAAGGGAACAGGCUUUUGUUUUAGUUCGUAUUUUCUUUAACUCACUUUUAAUUACGGUUUCAAUAUAACUCGAGUAUUCAAAACUUCCAUCAAAAUCUAAUACAUAAAGCACGCACAGCUUCUUCAUCAAUUUAGUUUGUCGCCAAGAAUCAUAACAGCAGCGCUCUUUAUUCUACAUAUUUUUGGGUUAGGAGUCAUUUACUACAUGUAUAUUAUAUACAGUAUAUAUAUUUAUAUUAUCUGUGUAUCUGUGUACUAAAGCUGGCUUAAAGAGUUGGUCGCAUCGCUUUGUUUCUUUUGAUAUCUUUAUUUUUUUUUUUACAUAUUUUUGGUAAUUUUGUUUGGCUUCACGUUUGAUUUCUAUUUAUUUUGGUUGCUUUUUAUUCAUAUUAUAAUUAUAUUUGUUGUACUACAUUGCAAGACUAUCGUAGCCGAUCCAUAUAUUGUCCAACAAACUGAAUAAUGUGUAUUUUUCGUAUAUUUUUCUAUUUCUCUUUUUUUUAACUCGCUUCGAAAAAAAAAACAAAAACAAAAAACUAUACCAAUACUUAAUGUACCGCCUGUAAACGUUCUUUG